UUUAAACCAGUUCUGUCUUUUAGCUGCUGUCUGGAACCUCUGCCACCAUGGACAAAUCUAUCUGCACAUUAUUACUGCUGUUAUCCCUGCUAUCUACUCACACACUGAGUGUGUACGGUGAGGGUUUUCCACUGUCGCCUAUCGAACUUGCUCCCAUCCCCUGUAAUGACAAAGCAGUGGAGAAGCUGUCUCGUAUGGCGGUCACUUACAUCAAUGAGGAUCGCACCGAUGGCUACAAGUUUGCCCUCAACCGCAUUGCAAAUGUCCACCUGCAUGCUCAGGGCCCAGCAGGCAAUGUGUAUUACCUGGACCUGGAUGUCCUGGAGACCAAGUGUCACAUAGGCAGCCCAAAACCAUGGAAACGCUGUGACGUCAGACCAUUCAUGGAAACACAAAUCUCUGGCAUCUGUAACACCACCAUGCUCCACACAACAGAGGGAUACUCCUACCUGUACAGCUACGACUGCACUCUUGUCCCAGAUCCCCCAGGGAAGCUCCAGCAGACUUGUCCAACCUGCCCCACCCUGCUCCCAGUGGGGAGCCCACAGGCUGUGACUGCUGCUCAGGUCACUCUGGCGUUCUAUAAGAGACAGUCACCAGUGGGUGCAGGGCUCGGAGUGAAGAAGAUCACCAGAGCUGCAGCGCAGGUUGCACCUGUGAAAGCCAGCUUUGUGGAGUACAUAGUCCAAGAGUGUCCAGAGGGAGUGACAGAAAGAGGCACCUGCCAGCGGUUGACACUCGAGUCUGACACAGAGACUGCAGGGUUUUGUGCAGGAUCUGUGCACGGAGACUUGAAAGUCAAUCCUGAUGUCCAGGUGUCCUGUGAGAUGUUCAAAAAGCAGAAUGUGGACAUCCUCAGACCGGUGCGGCCUCAGGGUCACGACUUCCCUCAGGACCCUGCGAUCCCAACCUUCCCGACUCUGAUCGACGACCCAGGGAAUGAUCCUCUGCCUGUUCCCUCUCACCCUACAUCGCCCCCUGCUGUUCAACCAGAGCUGUUUGACCCCACGCCCAUUCUUCCUGUGCCCUUUGACCCUGUGCCCUUUGACCCCCCUGUUGUGGUUAACCCCUCUAACCCCCUCACCUCAUCUUCCAGUGAGUCGGAUGAACAUCUAGUAAACCAGCAACAGCGGCCUCCAGGUGCUGAUCCUUUUGCUUCAUCCUCUGAAGAGAUCGGAGGCCCUGUAGCACUGCGACCCCCCUUUAACUUCCGCUACCAGAGGCGUGACCGCAAGAAACGGCAGGCCUUGAUGGAGACUUCACCGUCUCACAACCCCACCUUCCUGUCUGAUUUCCCCAGUGGGCCCUCUCCUUUCCGCUCCUGUCCUGGUCCGGCUCGAUACACCACAGUUUAACUAGUGCUGCCAGUGAGGGGGUGGACCGUUAAACGCUGCCUGUCACUGGAGGCUUGUAAUAAUUUGUGCUAAUGAGAGGAAUACUAUCUCUCUUCAUUGGUCCUGAAAUUACUUCUCUGCUGCUGCUGUAAUAGUGCUCUCAAAGCAGCCAAAGGCUUA